CUGGUGUCCUUCCUUCGUUUUAGGAGAGCUGUGCGCUGAAUGGCUUUGCAAAAUCCAAAUCUUUGCAACUAUCCUGUUCGAUUGAACCACCCCUUCGUCUCUAAGAGUUUGCACGAGGAACACUAUGCGCGACCUGAACCGUCUGGAGGAACUCGCAAGGGGACACAAUGUGUUAGAUUACGGCAAAGAACGGCUCUCACCUUUCGAGCGUGCUCGGCGCGACUCCAUUGCCACAUCGUCAGUUGAUCAAGCCAAUGCCAAGGACAAGUUGGCAGUCCUGCGGACUAGCAGUGUCUACUGGAAAGACCCAACCAAGCAGAAGAGGAAUCUCCUCAGGACGAAGAAGGAAAAAGCCGCCCUUCUAGACACAUCUAGUUGGACAUACACCAAGGCUGAGAGAUUUAAGAUUCUCGACCAGGAGAUCCGUAAUGGCGGUCCGCCCGGGCUGGCUCAGGCUGUUCUUGCCUUCGACAUGAGGGACCCCUUGGAUGUCAAUGUUGCCUAUGUCACAGAUACUAAUGGCGACGCAGUUUGCACUGGCAAACCAACUGGAUGGCUUGAACUAUGCGCCGCGCGUGGUGAAAUCAAUGAUGUUGCGUACAUCAGGCUCCUUACCAAUUUCGGAGCGAGCCAGGCCUCCCGAGAUAUGGCUCUGCGCAUCGCACUCGAGAGGAAAGCAAUGAAUACUGCCCAGGAGCUCUUUCGAAACGAUGCAGACCCAAAUGUAGCUGAAACUGUUGAGCAUUUCCUUGCUGCUAUCCGAGAUCAGAACCAGCAAGUGUACACCAUGUUCCUGAUGGCAACGACGCCUCUGAACCCGUUCUACAUCAAUCAGGCCUUGGUCGAAGCCGUCGGCAGGGACUCGGAUUUAGUGGGCUUGUUGAUCGCGCAUGGGGCUGAUGGCAUGCUCAAUGAUGGCCAAGCCUUGUGUGCCGCAAUCGCCUUGAGAAGUUUACCGGACACUGCAAUGAUGUUGACUAAUUCUGGCAAUUUGUCAACAACAAGCCUAGACAUAGCCACAGAAAUGGUUUGUGCUGUCGAGGACGAAAAAGCAAAGAUCGAUUUUCUGGACAUGCUCUUGAGCGCCGGGGCAAAUGCCAAUACAUCAAGGAUAUACGAUGAGUUACUAGGAUCCGUCAAGGAAAACAAGGCCUCUAUCGCAGAGCUGUUGAUCUUCCAUGGGACAUCUCCUGAUUUCAAUGACGCUGAAGUUUUGCGAUUGGCCGUCAGUUCAGCUCAAACAGAUCUCGUCAAUAUCCUUCUGCAAGGGAAUGUUCCCCAAGCAAGCGUUGUAAAGGCUCUUGAAGAAGCCAGUGGUUUGGAAGACCCUGAUAUUUUUGAGGAAAUAGUCAGAGCUCUCCUCGAGAAAGGCGUCCCCCAGAAUUCACUCAGCAAAUGUCUCUGCGACUCAGUGGAGAAAGGCUACAUGUCACUCGUGCCUGUGCUGAUUGAGAAAGGUGCCAUUUUGGACUAUGCCGAUGCGCGAUGCGUUCGACAGGCACUGAAACGCAAUGACUUUGGUUUGUUCGGGCAACUGCUCGAAGCACCCUGUCAGCCCUCUGUUCUAUCUCAAGUUCUUCUCGACGCUAUGACAAUUCAGCCUCCGUCUGAAAGAUUCGACAUCAUAAGUAGACUUCUCAAUAAGGGAGUCUCUGGUAUAGGUCUUCACAUUGCACUUCAAACUACAGCUGCAAACGCAAAAGAUCCAACGGACUACGGUCUCAUUGAGGCAUUGUUGAGGCACCACGCCUCUACUGACUUCUUUGACAACAGCGGCAACUGUGUGUGCACUGCAGCUGCACAGCAAGACGAGAGGGGGCUAGACUUGCUAUGUCAGGGCAACCCUAGUCCGGAUACUGUCUCAGCCGCUAUUAACUUCUUGCCCGUGUCUUUUGCAACUGCUGAAGCUGGCGAAUAUGAGAAACAAGUCGGAAUGAUGUCCACACUAUUGGAGAAAGGAGCCUACGGAACUUCUGUAGCUGAAAUGCUCAUUAAGGCCGCAAGAGACGAUCACCGCGGAAAGGCUUUGACAGCGCUGAUACACCACGGUGCCGACGCCAACUACCAACAUGGCAAAUCCAUCGAAGAGGCGCUGACUUUGCCGCGAAUUUCUGCGCUAGAAAUGAUCUGCAAAGGUUGCAGGAUUGACAGUCACUCAUUUGCAACUCAGAUUCCAAAUGCUCUCAGGCCACAAGGCUUCAGUCUCGACAAAGCAAGUUUGCUGGCGCACGCUUCGAAGGAUGGCGGCUUCAAAGGAGUUCUUGAUAAACCCCUUCUGGAUGAAGUUGAGUCCAACGGCGGCCGCAGAGAAGUCAUUGAGCUUCUUUUAGGCCUGGGCGCAAGCGUCAACUUCCAACAUGGCCGAGCACUACAACACAGUGUUGUCACAGGCAACCUAGAAGUUUGUUGUCUUCUCCUCAGUGCGGGCGUUGAGAGACCUAAUAUUGCACUGGCUUUCCCGGCAACAAGUGGAAUAAAAGAUCUACCAACUCGAUACAGCUUAAUGGAAGUCCUUCUGAAGGCCGGACAAUCCAAAAUAGGACAGGAUCAAGCGCUUGUCCAGGCAUCACAAGAGGCCGUCCACCACGACCUUUCCCACGUUGAGCUCCUUCUUGCACAUCAAGCUUCUCCCAAUUUCAACGAUGGUGCAGCCGUUCUCUGGUCAAUCCAGACGAAGAAUUUACCCCUCUCGAAACGAUUCAUGCUCACUGAGCUGAACAAGAAGACUCUAUCAAACGCAUUUACCCUUGCACGAAAGAUUGAAUGUACAAAAGAGGAGAGAUAUGCCAUAUUCGAAACUCUCCUAGAAAAAUACUCUGACCAAAAGGCGAUCAGCAUGACUUUGAUUGAGGCCGUGAGGCGCGAUCCAGCUGACAUCAAGACAUCUACUCUCCUGUUGGAUCAUGGCGCGUCAAUUGAGCCUAAACAUGGGUUCGCAAUGCAACUGGUUGCUUCGGCGGGCACCUUAGAGUUGCUCAAUCUGUUCCUGAGCAAAGGGCCGAGUCAGACUGGCCGUGAUGCGAGCUUUGCUUCCGUGACGGAUUCUGCGCUUGACGCUGAGCAGAGAAAACUGAUUUACAAGAGUUUGCUGGAAACCGGAAUUACACAAGAUCUCAUCAGCGCAGGCCUAUUGCAGGCCACUCGAGCCAACAUUAUCGAUCACUCUCUCCUUGCGUUGCUCAUAGCCUUCAAUGCUUCUUUGGACUUCGAUUCUGGCAGCGCAGCCUACGAAAUUACUGCGAGAGGCGACCUGCCAACGUUGACUGUUCUACUACAAGGAAAUGUGUCGCAGACGCAAACCUUGGAUAGGUCUUUCUCAGCGUCCAUGGGAUUGAAAGGUUCAGGCCGUUUGGCAAUAGCGAAGGCACUGCUGGAGAAACAGCCUGGAGUCAACCGCGAAACUGUCUCGCACCACCUUGCACAGAUAGUGAAGGAGAACGACCACGAUCUGUUGAGUUUGAUGAUGGACUAUGGGCCAGACCCCGCAUACAAUAGUGGUAAAAGCUUAAUUUUGGCUGCUCGGGCCGGAGAUGCUAAAGCCGCAGAAAUGUUGGCAAGAGCGAAAAUCACCAGCGAUACAGCAGGCCAGGCAUUUGAGCAACUUCUGAAUGCUCGCACUAUCCAGUCAACGGUGGCUGGCUUACAGACAGCAAAGAUUUUACUCUCCCUGGGUGUCACACAACACCUGAUCGAUCAAGCUCUACUGGAUGGUUUUGACGACGAUGUCAGUCAGUUAACUUCGGACCUGGUAGAGUUGUUGAUACCGUACAAGCCCAACGUCAGCGGUGGCGAGGGUAAAGUUUUUGUCAAAACGGCAAGCAGCGGAAACGUGGAAUUGUUCAGACGCCUUGCCUCACAGAAGCCAGACUUGGAUGUCGUCAUCCCAGCGCUCCUACGAUCAAUGGAGAAGGAAGACGAGCUCAUUCCCUUCCUGGAGCACCUGGAAGAAUGUGCUCAGAGAGAGUCUACGCCUCUUCAAGACUUCGUAAUCUUCACGGCUCUUACAGAAUUCCCUGAAGGCAAUCGGCUGGCGAAACAUCUUCUAAAUAAUGGGUGCCCUGCCAAUAGCAGGACUGAUGCGGAGCUGGAUGCUUCUGUCGGAAUGGAGGCCAUGACUGUACUCAUUUGGGCUCUAAGCCGUACCACGCCGACAAUUUCUAAGGAGGUCAUCGUGGAGAUUCUUGAGGACGGCCACAAUGUCGAAGUAUCCUUCGCAACCUCCGUAACACACACGACAUCGACAAUCAUUGCCAGCACAGCAGGUCGGAACACCGUUCUGAAAAGAUUGAUCGAGAUUGGCGUUGAUAUAUCACAUCAUGACAAGGACGAGCACUCUGCCUUGUUUUAUGCGAGCAGGAGUGGACAUGUCGAGACAGCAGAGCUGCUUAUCCAAGCAGGUGCCAAAGGCGAUGAUGGCAGCUUGCACGAGGCUGCAAGAGAAGCGCACCCGCAACUCAUCGAGCUGUUGCUUGCAAAUGGCCAUCGUGUCGACUUUCCUUCCGCCAUUCAUGCCGAGGGACUGUUUGGCCGUACUGCACUGGAAGAGUUGUGUUUGAACGCCACGCCCGGAGCGGAUAACUGGCAGAAGAGAAUUCGUCAGUCCAUUGGAUUACUUCUCCCUGCUACGGUGGCAGAAAUAACACAGAGCGGCGGUAAAGCAAUGCUACAUCUGGCACUUGAGAAUGAGCAUUCAGUGGCUGUCACACGCGAGCUGCUGACAUUUCCAGCGGUCUGGGAGAACAUCAAUCACCCAAUUUACUUGUACAAGGACGCUCAGGGCUAUGUCUAUUCUCCAACCAAAUACGCCGAACUUCUCUUGGGAGCGGACAAUGACAAGAAAUGCCAGCAGCUCACCAAACUGCUGCGAGCGAGAAAGUGUAAAGGCAGGUUCUAUGCGCAUACAGUGGAUCAACCGGAAGGCGCGGUAGGAUUGCCAGAAGAGGUUGCGGAGGCAGUGAAUAAGCAGAAACGCGCCGACCACGAGCAACGCGAAGAGCUGAAGAGAAGAGAUGCAAUCGCGGUUCAUCAGCGUGCCAUCGAAGCAGAGGAUUACGAACGUAACCUCAAGCUUGCAAAGGAACGACACAACCUCUUGAUGCGACAGCUGAAAGAGGAAGAAAAUGCCGAGAAGCAAGUGGCUACAAACAAGCAAGCGAUGACCGUGCGCCAUGCGCAGGAACUUCAACGUGAAAGACAAGACGCCCUCAGAGCAGAGAACAAAAUCAGACUCGAGGGUGUAGAUGAAGAAGGGGCACGUAGGAGAAGAAACGCCGCCAGCGAACAGCAAGCUGAGCUCACUCAUCAAGGCAACUUGUUGCGUAGCCAGAAUGCGGCUCUGAAAUCGAAGCUGGAUAACGAGCAACAAAUUAUCAACGCGCGUUGCAUUGGGAGAGCAGAAGGUGCAAAGUGA